CUUCGGGCACCCCCGGGCACCCCGGGGCACCCCCGGGCACCCAGGCACGGGCACCUGGGCACCCCCGGGCACCGCGGGCACCCGGGCCAUGGGCACCUCCGGGCACCCGGGCACCCGGGCGUGCAGCGAAAAUCCGCGACAAACCUAACCUAACCAUAUGAAUCCGGUAGGACCGCUACAGAGGCAAGCUCUGAUUGGGGAACAAUGGAAGAACAGGCAGCUUGGAGUAUAUCGACACAUGCAGGGAGCGAUGUCUACGACCAACCAGAGCGAUCCUACCAGAUCCUUGCGUUGAGUUUAUCUGAGCGCCGGGCAGCGGAGGACAUCAUCCAUGAGAUCGAAGGUAUGCUCAAACACUUAGUCGGGGAGGAUUCUGGAGUAAAGGUUGAGGAUCCCACGGACCCAUCCAAAAGGGGUAUCAGAUCAUUCCAGCGCAGGAAGAACAAGGCCAACUUUUGCAAGAACGUCCAGGACCCCCAAAGCAAACAUAUUAUCGGAGACGAGUUUUUCAAACACAAUUCGAUUAUGAAGGGGCGUGACACCACCGCGUGCACAACCCUGGCUUCAACUACGAGGAGGAGGAGGAGGUUAAGAUUUGGUGGGGCAUAUUUGUUCGCAGUGAGGUGGAGAAAAGUUGCAUGGUUCAAUGAGGACGGCUUGUGGCAGACUACGUCGGUGGGAAAGUCUGUUGAAAAAGACGCUGAGAAGUGAAGAGCAAGCAUCGCCCCAUACCCAACCACAGACAGCAAGUGACGGGUGAGGUGGCACUCCGAGGAGGGGCACGCCAAUUCUGCUACACAGCAGUGUUCCAUCUAUGAAUUCGAUUUGUUAUGCUUUGCCGCCAGCUCCCCGUAUGGGUUGGAGGCAGAGGGAAAUAUGACAAUGCCGAUGGAGAUUACCCGGUCCAGGCGCUUUGUUUUCGAGUACUUCCUGGAGGAACCGACCGUCUCCGACCCCCAGAAGCUAUUUCAUUAAUAUUUUCUUAGAUUGCCUCUCCACCAGCUCCUGCUUCAACGACUCUGGCCAGCGAGCGCCGCCACAUCCACAUCAUCUCAUUCAACGUCGGAAGCCUUGCCAAUGACGACAGCACUGGGGAGUUGAUGGCAGAAACGGAUUCCAUGAAGAGGGAUCUCAUGUUGCUUACGAAGACAUGGAGGGAACAAGAAACACAAUUUUUACGAGGUGCGUGGGCCACGUAUUUGGAGGGUCGACUGGAACACCAGAGGGAUGAAAAGGUGUCGCUAUAAUGAUGCACAAAUCAUGAAAGCUACCAGGUUUCGUGCCGGUCAAUGAAAAAUGGCGUGUGCUGGUUUCAAGUGUGUUCCGCGUGAUUUGCGAGCUGUGGUAGCUUAUUUUUUUGAUUGCAUGUGCAAGGAUGCGGAGGUCUAGAAGAUGUACACGGACGGCAUUGUCUGCAAUGAAGCAGGAAACCAACAAACAUGUAUAUUAUGAUAUGUGGAGAUUUCAAUGCUCAGGUAGGCCGCUGGAUCGGGUGUAACGGAUUCGGUGCGGAAGGUUGGCGUGGACAGUGGUUGGAACAAGUGUGUGGCCAGUGCGCGCUCAGCAUCACGAGCACCUUCUUUUCCAAGCCUCCGCUCGAAAGAAUCACGCAUUUUUUAGCAACCGCGGCAGAUCGAUUUUAUAUUCGUUGGCAAGCACAUGCGCUGGUAAUUACGUGACCAGCUCUGGCUCCACCGACUUGCCGGACUUAGGGUCAGACAACAAACUAAUACAAGCGGCUUUGAGUCUAUGUUUGAGGGCAGCACGCAAAAGAAAGAGCACUCGUCGGCAACACCUACGAAGAUGGGUUUGCAAAACGUGCCACCGAACAUCCGGAACAUAUUAGUGGGGUGACGGAGUGCGCGACCAUUGACGACGACAGCGCUCAGGUUCAUUCUGCUCAGAUGCGCGCUCGCGGGGCGUGAGCAGAA